GCGUCGUUUUUUAUUGGUCGACGCGUCGAGCAACCCGGAAGUUGCCGGCGUGGGGAAUGCGUCGUCAGUGCUCCCGAAGAUGGCGGGGGUGUUUGAGGUGGAGGUUGACGGUGUAGAACACGACCAUGGACACGGGCACCACGACGAAGCACAGCAGAUUGAUUUGUCCCAACUGUCGGCAGAGGAGAAGUGGAGGUUGGAGCAUGCCAGGAUGCACGCCAAGCACAAGGGCCACGAGGCCAUGCACGCGGAGAUGGUGCUCAUCCUCAUUGUCACCCUCGUCCUCGCCCAACUCCUCUUGGUGCAGUGGAAGCAGAGGCACAACAAGUCCUAUAAUUUGGUGACUCUGUUCCAGAUGUGGGUGGUGCCCCUCUACUUCACCACCAAACUUCACUGGUGGCGGUUCCUCAUCACGUGGUUCAUCUUCUCGGCCAUCACCGCCUUCGUGACGUUCCGCGCCACGCGGAAGCCAUUGGAGUGUACCACUCCUCGGCUGGUUUACAAAUGGUUCCUGCUCCUCUACAAGUUGAGCUACACGACCGGCAUCGUGGGAUACACCGUCGUCAUGUUUACUCUGUUUGGCAUUAAUUUGAUAUUUAGAAUAAAGCCGGAAGAUGCCAUGGAUUUUGGGGUGUCCCUUCUCUUCUAUGGCCUCUACUAUGGUGUACUGGGCCGUGACUUUGCCGAAAUGUGUGCAGAUUUCAUGGCCUCCACUGUCGGGUACUACAGUGCCUCUGGGAUGCCCACCAAACAUCUGUCGGACAGCAUCUGCGCCGUGUGCGGCCAGCCUAUUCUGGUGGACGUCAGCGAGGAAGGAAUCAUCGAGAACACCUACAGGCUGUCCUGCAAUCACGUAUUCCAUGAGUUCUGCAUACGAGGCUGGUGCAUUGUGGGGAAGAAACAAACCUGUCCAUACUGUAAGGAGAAGGUGGACCUGAAGAGGAUGUUCAGUAACCCCUGGGAGCGGCCGCAUGUCAUGUACGGACAGCUAUUGGACUGGCUUCGCUAUCUUGUUGCCUGGCAACCUGUGAUCAUUGGCCUAGUGCAAGGAAUCAACUACAUCCUUGGACUGGAGUGACAUUGUACAUUCUGGGCGCGGACCGUGGAAGAAGUCACAGGCGGGUCAACAGACUCGACUGGGAAGCUAGAACAUUAACAUGUGAAACUUCAACACAUGGAUAUAUACAUGUAUACAUAUACAUACGUAUGUAUGUUCAUGUGUGUGUCUGUUAUGUAUGUAUGUGUAUAUAUCUAUAUAACAAAGGGAUGUGCUAAUCUGUAUUUAAAAAAAAAAAAAAAAAUGUAUAAAAUUUACCAGCAAUCUGGGAUUGAGAGUACAUAUUUCUUUAUACAUUUUUUGUGUAAAUGAACUGGACAGAUAAGUCAGUGGUUUCAUGAGAAGUAAUUGAUUUGAUUUUUAAUCGUGUCUUUAUUUCCUCCGAAAUAACAUCACUCCUCCAUUUGGGAACAGGAUUUCUGUUCAGGAUCCAGUGUUUCCAGCUAGUUUCUGUGUUUUUCCUACCCAAUAGACUGCAGAUCCAGUCAUGAGGAUGUUGGACGAAAAUGGGAAACACUCUGGAUGGGCUUUAUCCACUUAGGAAACCUGCCCCCUGUAUGUCAGUGGUCCUGUUCAAAUUAAACUGCCCACGCACUGAAGUAGCAGCAGUGUAUGAAAUAUCUCUUACUGUAUUUCCCCCAUAAAUGCUUUGUCCCUAAGAACUUGUAGGGAACUAGGAUGAUAUGUGGCUGGUUCCGGUUUGUAUUUUUUAUUUUACCCAUUUCUGUAUAACUUGCGUGUGUACGAGUGCGUGUGCACAUUGGCUGUUGAGACUUUUAAUAUUUUAUGACUUAAUGUCUGGCAACGUAUGAUUAGGCCUGGCGUAUUUCAAACCUUUACAGCACGUUUUUAAAAUGCGGCUGCUUUUGAUUCGAUCUUUAUUAACCAUAAUUUUCCUUUUUCCCUACUGUUGGAUGUUUAUGUGGAGUGCGACGGCUGGGGCUGUUUAGGGUUUAUAGGCUUUACAAAACACUAAUUCAGUUACAAUGGUUAAUUUAUUAAGAAAAGUGAAAGUGUAGAUUGAAAAAAUACAUUUUGAAAUGCACCAUGCCUAGAUGUAUGAAAUGUUAUUUAUGAUUCUUUAGUUGUUGGAAGCUCACCUGUCCAAAUCGGUGAAGGUUCCUGAGGUACCAUGUCAAACAUUUUGGGGGAAAAAGUAUUAAACAUAUAUUGAUACAA